GGCGGGCAAUCACACGGCCGCGGCACUUUUUUAAUUUUUUCGGGUGCCGCUGCGGCUACCCUUCGGCGUGGAUGUCCCAGAUCCCUGGAGCGACGACGGCCGCUGCCUAACCUGGAAAGAGGAAUGCCAGCUCCUGAGCAGGCCUCAUUGGUGGAGGAGGGGCAACCACAGACCCACCAGGAAGCUGCCUCCACUGGCCCAGGCAUGGAACCCGAGACCACAGCCACCACUAUUCUAGCUUCCGUGAAGGAGCAGGAGCUUCAGUUUCAACGACUCACCCGAGAACUGGAAGUGGAAAGGCAGAUUGUUGCCAGUCAACUAGAAAGAUGUAGGCUUGGAGCAGAAUCACCGAGCAUCGCCAGCACCAGGUAUUGGGUGUCAACUCAUAGAAUUUCUAGUAAGGCCCAAGAGCGAGAUUCUGAAUCUGGAUGUCCAGGAGCUGUGUCCACUGCAAAUUUUCAACAUACCACUAUGUUCUUCUCACAUGGCCUCUCUGGACCCUUGCUCUCUGGCUACAGGGGAGUAUGCAUAGGCAAGUUUCCUGACUCAUAAUAGUACAAACUAUCAGAAUAAGGAGGGUUUUCAAACACACUGUACCUCUGUAAAUGGCCAUU